AUGGAGGAGCGGGAGCGGGGGGCGAGGCAGGCUCGCGCCGGGAGCCCCGCGAGCCCGCCCAGCCCGCGGCUGGACGUCAGCUCUGACAGCUUCGACCCGCUGCUGGCCCUGUACGCUCCCCGCGUGCCUCCCAUCCCGUACCCCAACGCCCCGUGCUUCAACAACCUGGCGGAGUACGAGAGCUUCCUGAGGACCGGGUGCCGGGGCGGCGGGCGCGGCCGGGCGCGGAGCGCGGCCGCCGGCGCGGGGGCCCCCGCCGCCGCCCCGGGGCCCUCGGGCAGGUCCCGCCGCCGGCCCGACGCCCCCGCCCCGGACCCCGAGCGCAUCCAGCGCCUCCGCCGCCUCAUGGUGGUCAAGGAGGAAGGGGAUGGGGCCGCAGGGGCGCGCCGGCGGGGUUCGGGACGGAGCAGGAAGGCGCCGCGCAAUGUGCUCACGCGAAUGCCCCUACAUGAAGGCAGCCCUCUGGGCGAACUCCAUCGUUGUAUCCGGGAGGGCGUGAAGGUCAAUGUUCACAUCCGCACUUUCAAGGGACUUCGAGGAGUCUGUACAGGCUUCCUGGUUGCAUUUGACAAGUUCUGGAAUAUGGCACUUACUGACGUGGAUGAGACCUACCGAAAACCUGUUCUAGGCAAAGCAUACGAACGGGAUUCUUCAUUGACUCUGACUAGGCUAUUCGAUCGGCUGAAACUUCAAGAUUCCUCCAAGAAGGAAGCAGAUUCCAAGUCUGCAGUUGAAGACUCCACUCUGUCCAGAUACUCCCAGACGUCUACCUGGAAGGUGGCCUCAGUCUGGGGAAGAGGAGACACUGACCGGGGCUCCCACAAGCGUUCCCGCUCCGUCCCUUCUUCCCUGCAGGCCUCUGCCAGGGAGGAGUCCAGGUCAGAGGUGUCAGGGAGAACCGCGCGGACAGAUGGAUCCAGCAUGGGAGGUACUUUUUCCAGGGCUACCACACUAUCCAGGGGCCAGCCCCGUAAGAAAAAGCGAAAGCCCAAAGUGGAUUACCAGCAGGUAUUUACUCGACACAUAAACCAGAUUUUUAUUCGAGGUGAGAAUGUCCUGCUGGUUCAUCUUGCACAGUGACCAGCUCAGCCUCACUUGAGCCUUGGUGUUUAGAAAUAAAGUGCAUGACUCGCUGCUCUGCUGUAUCCGUAGCCCAGUGAACCUGAGUUGGAAUGAUUCCCUCUGGUCUUGCAUGUGCAGAGGACAGAGCAGGCUCAGCCCUCUGGAAGAUGAACUCCAAGAGAGGACAGGCUAUAAUAGAAGGAUGGGUAUUUGCUUAAGAUCAAGGCUAAAGCCUCAUAUGGGUGCACACAUCAGAUUUGGUGUCAUGGUUUACUGCAGACUCUCAAACCAAAUACAAGAUCUUCCAGUGAAAAAACUUAGGAUUAUUUCAGUUCUAAGAGCUAGGGCUCUGAACAGUCAUGAAUUUGAGUCUAAGUAGCAUUGUGAUGUGCUCAGAGCUCUAUACUCAGAUCUCCUAAUUCAAGUUUUGUGCUACACCAUUCUCUUGCUAAGAAGUGAAAUUUAAUAUCUUUGAAUGUAAGAUCUAGGAAAAUUCCCAGCUUACUUAGGGGUGAAAUCUGGAUAGGUGGCCUGCUCGAAGCAGCUAGCAAUGAAUUCUCUGAUUAGAUCCUUCUCCUUAUUAUGGACAUGACCGGAGGACCUUGUCAGUCCUCCCCUUAGAGGUGGCCUCUGCAGAUGGCUUCCCAGGUGAGACCUGUAGAUGCUCGUGUGGUGGCUUCUUGUCCUCUCUAACUUCUGUGGCAUGGUGCUAGUGCAUGUACCCUGUGGUAUUGCCCCCUGUGUGUAGUGUGCACUGUCCUGUGAGCUUUAGGGCAGGAGACUGUGACCUCCCUGUGUGACUUCAAAGGGUUCUGCGUGAACUCGGUGAUACACAUCGAGUGGCUGAGGCCCCUUCCCAGGUGGGGCUAGCCUUGUGUAGAAUAUCUGCGAGAACAGUCUCACCCGGAAAUAGUGGUGGGAGUUUUCUUUCCUUGUGUCAGGCCAAAGAGAUUCUUGAAAAGUACGCGGAGUAGUGUCUGAAGAGACGCUCUCUCCACAGCCUGGCUUGAGUAACAGCAACACCAUAGCACCUGUGAAUGCUUCUACUUGAAUCAUAUUAUGCAGAAAAGGCUGCAUCUUGAUACAGACUGUUAGGCCAUAUUGAUUUUUUGUUUUGUCAGUUUCUCUUCGGUUUUAUCUUUGAUAACUUUUGUUAAAGUGUGAAUGAGAAAUGCAUAGAAGACAUCAUGCCCCUGCUGUAUUUUUUAUGUCAUUUUUUAUGCCUUCUGAGAAGCAGGGUGAAUAAAGUUUAGGGAGCAGAACUCCUGGUUCUUCUGCUAGCUGGACCACUGGCUCAUCAUGCGAUACAAGGUGAGCAGACUUAACCCCUCUGUGCCUCAGUUCUAUCAGACACCUACCUCACAGGGGCGUGUGACAAGGAGCUUUAGGAAGGCAUUUUACUUGCAGUCUCUGAACAUGUUUAAGUGCCAUGAGGCAUUUUUACUAGCUCUGUGUCAUGGCUCUGUAAGAAGGUGCUACAUAAGAAAGUCAUAUCCUUAGGUGUCAGGGUUAUGAUCUUGUAGCUAUCAUCAGAAGGCAUUGAGGUCUUCAGGGACUAUUUUCCAUAUUGCAUUCCUUCCUCUGGGGGGACAGUGGAAGUUUUCAAAUGAUUAUCUUCAGUAAGAGGAGAGUAACUUUUUUUUGCUGUUACCCCUACAUCCCAGCCCCCAUUUUGUGUGGUCAUUAUCAGAAAAAAAAUUCCCCUGAAUUCUUCAAGGGGUUUAUCUGAUAGUACCGAAGGGAGAAAUAAGCAUCUAACAAGGAUACAUGCCCAAAGGGGGAUUUGUGGAAGUUUAGUUUUUUGUUUUGUUUACUUGGUUUUCUUUUCUAAUGCAUUUUAAAGUAUAUUGUAGAGCCAGAUCAGAUGCACUAGUUUAUAGAGAUUCUAGGUUAUGAACUUAAUUGAACAAUUAUCUUUGGAAUCUUCCACUCUGAAAAUCUUCUAAAGAGUGUGUCUAAAACUCAGCUUCCCAAUUAACGGCUGUCUUGAUUGUCAUCUGCCAGUCUCCCCUUUGUGGCUGCCGCUCUGUCCCUCAGCUAGAAGCUGCACAACUAUGGAAUCAAGAGAAACAUAAUUAAUUUACACUCAUUUUAGUACCUGAUCAAACAAGACCAUGUUUAUUUUAAACACACGCCUGCUUUCACAUUUACAUGUAAUUUUCAUACAUCUGUGUAAGGACUGAUAGACUGUUUCCUCCCCAACAUGACAAUUUUGUGAAAAUUAUUUUUAAACCAUGUGUGAUUGAUCUGCCUUAUGUGCUGUGUUUCCUGUUUAUUUUUUUGGAGUGAACAGUAUUUUGGAAUGAAUUCUAUCUACUAAAUGUGUUUUUUUGUACAAAGCAUGAUACUUAAUUUUUAGAAAAAUCAGUCUUUAAAAAUGGUUGCCUUUUCUUUAUUAUUGGAGGAAUUUUUCAAAAGAAAGAAAAAAUGUAUCCAAAUAGUGUGUGUGCUGCUCAACAAAUGGGAUCAUCUAGGUCCAUGCAAGGAAGCUGCUAUGGAAGUAACGGAAGUCUUCUCAGGAGAAAGCAAGCAAAGGGGAAGUGGUGCUGUGGUGCUGAGCCCCCACCCAGCUGACCGAGAGGCCCUGCGCAGCUGAAAGGCAGCAGUGCUGGUUUCUAGGACUGUCCAGAGAUGAGGCUUAGGAAGAGUAGUCCCCAUUUUUGAACAUCUAACUAUCAUUCUUCAAAGUAAUCUCUGGAAUAGGGGCAUAUGUUUUCAAGCCUGUUUCUCUAAAACAGGCUUAGGAAAAGUAGUACCCAUUUUUGAACAUCUGACUUCCAUUUUUUCAAAGUAAUCUCUAAAACUGGGGAAUAUGUGCACUUGCAGUCUUCUCAGGAGUUGCCAGCUUUGUUAGGUGAUAAGAAACACAGAAUUGGAAGAUAGGGUUUCACACCCAGAGCAACUUCCUGUGCCACUGGACACGGAGGUGGUUCUUCUGCCCUGUCCUGAGCAGACCGUGCACUUGAGGUGGCUGGCCUUUGUUCUUGUGCAGCGUUGGUGCUUUCUCUCAGGGACCGUCUUACCGCCAGAGGCAGGCUGUUCCUGGCAGGGUUCACCACAGUUAGCAGUGUCUGAGGCAGGUGCCUUGCUCUCUCUGCAUGGUGCAUGUCGAGGCAGGGGUUACAAACUGUUAGCCUUAAAAUCAAGGUUCGUCGGAAGCCUUGCUGUGAGUUGUCAGUGGAUGCCGAGUAGCAAAGGAGCCCAGGAGCACCUUUCAGGAUUGCCAGGUGUGCCACUGCCACCCCUGGAGAAAAAAGAAACCUAGCUGGAUGCAGACUGGAUAUUGUAUUUCUUUUUGCAGUGUCCCUAGCAGCUGAGAAAUUCAUGAAAUAGAAUUGAUUCUGUAAAUUGCCUUUCUCAAUUUUCUCCAAAUUUUGCCUUUAGGGAAAAAUUUAAAUUUCCCAAGGACAGCUAGCUGUCACUGGUGCUGCCCCAAAGCUCACGAAUCUUGUGCAUUUCUUGUGAAUGAAGUGGUUGCUGGGGGAAGACCCAGAUUCAUGCGAGGGAAGAGUAUCCCGGGAUGCGUGUUUCCCAGCUGCUUUCAUUUUUCUCUUCCUGGCCAGAAAUAGAAUGCAGCAGGCCCCACUCCACAACUUCUGUUCAACAGUCUGUGUUUUUCUUCUCCCAGAAGGCUUUUCUUAGCAACUGUAAAGCAAAAAAAAAAAAAAAAAAACAGCCUCUUUUCUGGGCCCGUGUUGCAGUGGUGGGCGGUCUGUCAUUACUUUCUGGCAAAUUGAGUUGAUGGAUUUAGGAUAAGCCUCGGGGUUCCUGGCACAGUUUUCUGGGCUCUGAGGACGGGUUGGGCCUCCAUAGCUUUCAGUGUGUUGAGUAUUUUCAAAUGCCUGUAAGUUCUCUUGCACUCCUCUAAUAAAUAUGAAAGCUUUCUUUCAAGCAAUGGCUUUGGAUGGUUUGAAGAUCUAGGAGGAGACAAAUAAGUACACCUGAGACCUUCAGUUGGUUUUUUAUUUAUUCAGAAUAAAAAGUAGUUUGAUAAGCAACCAGAGUUAGUGCCUCUUUAAACACACUCUCUGAAAAGGUGGGAACUGUCCCUUAGGAAAGUAUAAAAGCUGUUCCCAGUACAUUGCAAUUGCUUUUGAUUUUACUCCUUUACAGCAACUGUGUGAUGUACGUCUCAUGUUAUGUUUUUAGAGCUGUGGAGAAAAUACAUGAGAAAUGUUAUAGGUAUUAUUUAAACAGUGAUGAUCUGGCUGAAUUGUGUGUGAGCAGGGAUCGAGGACGAACGUCCACUCUUUUCUUCUGUUGUACUGACAGUGAAGCAGAUUGUGACCCAUGUCUUGAACAGUGAUUUGCUUAUUCCACGCUGGCAUCCAACGACAUGGGCCUUCUGUUUCACAACCCUCCACACCAUGACUUAGUACGGAUUUUUAAGACAAGGCUAAACCUGGAUGACUCUGUGUAUUUAUAGUGUCACAAUUCAUAUUCCAGCUGCUAAAAGAAAACUGUAACUUAUAAUCGCCUCUUUGAAUUCCUCAUAAUUGUUAACUGAAAUCCUUCAGGUAAGGAGGAUUGCUGCUAGUAAUGUCAGUUUGCAAUGUUCUGCUUGAGAAAUGUCUCAUGGGAGUCUGGAAAUUGUAAUAAAUAUGAUUGUAUUAAUGA